AUGAAUCUCUUAUGUGUUGGAUCCCUUUUCCCCCCCUUUCUGAGUCCUGUUUCUAGUUCAGGUAGGGAUGCUGUGGGGACCAUUCCACCGUCUGUCCCAGGCUUAUGGAGAACCGCUGACUUGCUGGCUUUCAGGAACCAGGGUGCUGAUAUGGAACAUAUACUUUUGAUUCUUUUAAUAUUUAGUAAGGCCUUAUCAGUUGAAGCUCAAUUCAAUGGAUACAACUGUGACGGCAACUUUCACAGCCGCUUCCCAGCGGAAAGAGAUAUCAGUGUGUACUGUGGAGUGCAGACCAUCACGCUUAAGAUCAACUUCUGCCCUGUUCUGUUCUCUGGCUACACUGACUCUGACCUGGCGCUCAAUGGCCGCCACGGAGAUGCCCACUGCCGCGGAUUCAUCAAUAACAACACUUUUCCUACUGUUGUCAUCUUUAGCAUCAGUCUGGCAACACUGGAGUCCUGUGGCAACGCCCUGGUGGUCUCCACAGCUCAAGGACCCAACGCUUACGGGAACCUGUCGCUGGUGCAGAUUGGAAAUAUUUCAGGCUACAUCGACACACCGGACCCCCCUGCCAUCAUCAGCUACCUGCCAGGUCUGCUGUACAAGUUCAGCUGCAGUUACCCUCUGGAGUACCUGGUCAACAACACACAGCUGGCCUCGUCAGCAGCUGCAAUCUCAGUGAAGGACAGCAAUGGUACCUUCAUCAGCACGUUGAAUCUUCUGCUGUACAAUGACUCAACAUACGUCCAGCAGCUUUCCAUCCCCAUGGCAGGCCUCACCCUGAAGACGAGGGUGUUUGCAGCUGUGAGAGCUUCUAACCUAGACCGAAGAUGGAAUAUUCUGAUGGACUACUGUUACACUACACCCUCUGGAAACCCAAACGAUGACCUCCGCUAUGAUCUUUUCUUUAGCUGUGAAAAAGACCCCCAGACCACCGUCUUUGAAAACGGGAAGAGCCAAAUGGGCCGUUUCUCCUUCGAAGUGUUCCGCUUUGUAAAGCACAAGAACCAGAAGAUGUCCACGGUCUUCCUGCACUGUGUCACCAAGCUGUGUCGAGCAGAUGACUGUCCCAUGCUCGUGCCAAUCUGCGGAAGCAGGAAAAAGAGAGAUGUACUGGAGAGGACAGAGUCGAACGCUGCAUCUGGGAACGCUGUGCUCACUGCUGGGCCAAUCAUCACUCGGAGUGAUGAGACACCAACCAACAACUCUCAGCUGGCUCAUCUCAAAGCCCCAGCGUUUCAUAUGAACACCGUGACCAGCGCACUCAUCUCUGGCGUGAUCAUUCUGGGUGUCAUGAGCGCUUGUUUUUUUAUCUUCUCCCUCACCCUUCUCAAAGGCAAGAGUGCACCUAUUAGCACCCUGUCAGGGACUCGCAACCCAGCCUUCAACUGAACACCUUAACCAACUGCAGACUCUCCUUCAUGCCUGAAAAAAGGGACAGAUGUAACAUGAUGUUUGUGAAAGUAGACAUUUUACGGGAAAGUAAAAGCUAAAUGUUGGUUUAGGAAUCUCUUAACAGGUACAGGUUUCAUAAGCAUAGAAGUGAAAAUGUGUUGUUUUGUAGUUUUGUUUUUGAACCUUGUGGCAGGCUACGCCUCGAUCUGCAUGAGAUCAUUUGUAGCAUGGACUCAUUCAGUACCUCAGCUGUACAGCCAUCCGAUUACAGAGUAUUGGCUCAAUAACAUGUCUUUACAGCUCUUUGUAAUAUCUGCUGGUAAAACUGGGCUUGAAAUAUAAGAGCAAAGUGUAACUUAAGAGAAUAAGGAGAACUCUUGAUUUGUGUAAUUAAAAUAAAUGCCUUUGAU